AUGCAGCUGACCAUGCUGUGCGCUGUGUGUCCGCUGGCUGGCAGCCUGGCCCUGCCGCUUCCCUGGGAGGCAGAAGGCAUGAGUGAGCAGCAGUGGGAACAGGCUCAGGACUAUCUCAAGAGAUUUUACCAAUCUGACUCAAAAACAAGGGAUCCUGAUAGUUUAGAAGCCAAGAUCAAGCAGAUGCAAAAAUUCUUUCACCUGCCUAUAACUGGAACAUUAAGUUCCCGUAUUAUAGAAAUCAUGCAGAAGCCCAGAUGUGGUGUGCCAGAUGUUGCAGAAUAUUCCCUAUUCCCAGAUCGCCCAAAAUGGACUUCCAAAGUAGUCACCUACAGGAUCAUGUCAUAUACUGAAGACUUACCACAUGUCAUAGUGAAUCAAUUAGUAGCAAAGGCCUUCAGCAUGUGGAGCAAAGAGAUCCCACUGAGCUUCAAGAGAGUUAGAUGGGGGAUUGCUGAUAUCAUGAUUGGCUUUGCAAGAGGAGCUCACGGAGACCCCUACCCAUUUGAUGGACCAGGAAACACACUGGCUCAUGCCUUUGCACCUGGGCUAGGCCUGGGUGGAGAUGCUCACUUUGAUGAGGAUGAACGCUGGACUGAUGGUAGCAGUAUAGGAAUUAUCUUCCUGUAUGUUGCAGCUCAUGAACUCGGCCAUUCCUUGGGCCUGGAUCAUUCGUCUGAUCCUAAUGCUGUGAUGUAUCCAACCUAUGGAGAAGGAGAGUCCAAGAAUUUCAAACUUUCACAGGAUGAUAUCAACGGAAUUCAGAAAUUAUAUGGUAAGGAUGUGGCAGGAUUCAGCGUCCGCACAGUCUCGAGGCGGACCCGUGGGGCCACGGUAGCAGUUAAUGCCCGGAGACAUGGCGGCCAUCCCGCGGCCACAGGAUCCAGUCGUUUGGACAGAUACACGACCGGGCGCUGCUAUGGCCCGACUGUUUGUGUGAGGACCUCCAGGGCAGCCCCCACUCUAGGGGGUCCUUACCCAGACCCUGCCAUGGCCUCGUACAACAGCUUGGCAGUUUCAGAGAAACCCAGUAUCUAG